AUGGAGCAAGUUGGGGACUCCUUUUCGGGCGCAAUGAAAGCUCUCAACCUUGAGGUAUCUGAGGUUGACAUCCUGGAUUUGUCACUGAUGAAUUAUCGCCAAUUGGCACUGGCUAAAAGCGAUAUCGAGACCACUUUGGAAUCUCUUUUCGGCCUCUUGUCGAAAAAGUACAACUUUGACAUGACUCUGCCCUUAGUUAUCGAUGGGUUUCCUAGAAAUGACGUUGAUGUAGUAAGUAUCCGCCUUCUAAGGACUAAGAUCAUCAGACUAAGAAAUGACCAUGAGAUGGUUCUCAAACACAUUGAUCGCCAUUUGAUGGAGCAGCUUGGAGCUAAAGAAAACCAGAGCAUAGAAUCAAUCCAAAUCGCGAUAGAACCUCAAGUCAAUGCCGUCCCAUUUGCCCUUGUAAAGACGGUAGAAGAGAGAAGUCCUUCUAACAAAGCAGGCCUUAGAAGCGGAGACCGUAUUAUUCUCUUCGACAAAACGAUCGACGUUUCAAACCAUGAGAAACUCACUGCAGUAGCUAAAAGAGUCAAAGAGCGUGAGGAUCAAUCCAUAGAGAUUACUGUAUUAAGAGACGGAUCCGUCGAAGUGUUAUCUCUAGUUCCCACCUCUAACUGGGAAGGCAGAGGGCUUCUAGGAUGCCACAUCGUGCCCAUAUAA